AUAAGUGCACACAAGGAAACAACACCAAACACAUUCUCAUUAUGGCUGCCUAUUGGGGAGUAUUGUUGGCUUUUCUGAGUUGGGUACAGUUUGGGGCACCUCAGAGAGCUCCUGUAAACUCCUUCUACUUUCAAUGCAACCGCACAAGUGUGAGUUUAGCAGUGAAAAUCGAUCCACUUGGAACAGGACUGCAGUUGGAUCCUUCCAAUCUAUUCCUAGGUCAAUGCCAUCCUUCCAGCACCAUAGCGCUACGAGGAUACUUUGUGUUUGAAUAUAGCCUAAGGGAUUGUGGCUUUUCCCGUUUAACCUAUGGGAAUACUGUGAAAUAUUCAGCAGACUUGGUUUAUACACCAUCUGGGAGCAGCUAUCCGAAAUUUUCACAGCCGUUUCGAGAACAGAUAAACUGCAACUUCACAAGAUCACUGAGUCCUACCCCAUCCAACCUCAUAGUGGAAUCCCAGUUGUCAGGUGCAGGAAGCUUACUGUUUUCUGGCCAGUUCAUGAAAGGUGAUUUUUCUGGACGAAGUGAUCUUAAAGUGUUCACACUGGGCACCCCUAUUUUUGUGGAGCUGUCUGUCUUGCCUGGUCUGCACCUGCCUUCCCAGAUUUAUGUGGAUCAGUGUACAGUAGCUCCUACUGAUAGUCUCAGCAAUGCAAAGGAAACCUACAGUCUCAUCCAAAAUCAUGGGUGUUUUGUAGAUGGAAAAGAGGCUACAUCUACAUAUCUUGCCCGUCCUGCUCCAUCAUCUAUCAGGCUGACCUUUCAGGCCCUCAGCUUUAAAGACCUAGAUACAGAUCUCUUCCUUCACUUCCAGGUUGUAGUGUGGGAUCCUAAAGAUGUGAGUGACCCCAGCAGGAAGGCAUGUUCAUAUCUCAUAGAUUCUGCCAGAUGGAUACUUCUGGAUAAUCCUAGUGAUCGAUCCUUGUGUAAUUGUUGUGAUACAAUUUGUCGACCACGAUCAUCCCGAAGGAGGAGGCAGGCCAACAGUGAUGACAUGGAGGAAGUUGGCUUGGUUCACAAUAUGGUCUUGGGACCUUUUAGGGUAGAUAACUCUGUGAAUGGAAGUCAAGUAUUGGAUCGGAAUCUAUCUAGAACAGAAGCAAUUAAAGGCCUUGUCAUACCCCCUGCUGUAAGUGCACUCUUAAUGGAAGUGGCUGUUCUGCUGGUGAUGUCUGUAGGAGUUAUCAUCUACAGCCGUACAAACAAGAAGAAUCCCAAGGAGACGGACACAAAGCACCUUAUCAAUGAAAGAAACCACUAAAGUGUAAUCGUGGAAGAUGGCAGAAAACAUCCUAAUGAAGCAGCGGGUAAAAGAGUGCAAUGCAAAGAAAUUGUAUCAAGAUUAAAGACCCGGGAAAUGCUGUUACAUAAAACUUUGGGAAUAGUCUAGCCUUAAGCACCUUUGCUAAAUAAACUAUACACAUUCA